AUGGCCAACGACCAUAACGAGGACCCGGUCGCAAAUGACCCUGUUUCUACACCACAACCUCCUCACAAAUCCCAAGCCAUUGAUCGGACUACAACACAACCAGACUUACGACUACCGGACGAGUUAUGGAUGACCAUACUGGAAAUCCCUUGCUCCUUCCCGCCCGAGAUCUUCGAGCAAGUCAUGCUCAACCUGAUCAAGAACCCAAACAUAACCUCAAGCCAUCUGUUCCGCGCAGACAUCUUCUACGAUAGUGGCGAAAGUGGCUCGCAUGAUGGCAAACCUCUGUAUGGGUACGACCUUCGAAGGACGAUGGUGCGGCAGCUUAUACCACGGAAUCCCCAGCUCGACAAGGCUUUGGUACAGACUUGUCAUCUCUUCCAGCGAUGGGACGGUGAUGAGGAGGUGAACGUGGUACUCUAUAUCCCGCACGCACAGACAGAGAAUGAGAUGCCCUUCUAUCACCCAGCAGUAUCUCGAGUAGCCUUCUUCCACCGCUGGAACCACGCUGCCGUCGAGAAGAAAGCCGCUGUUUCCAACGGCGAUGACACACCCGCUCCUCCAGCACCAGGAGCCCUAUCCCUCUCCUACGCCCUCUUCCCCAACACAUCUCUCACCCCCAAGCUCCAACGCACAGCCCUCCGCCUCCUCCAGACCAUACACAAACACGGCCAAGGCCAACAAGCCGGCUACAAAAAACGAGUCCAUCUCGACCGAAUCGUUCCACAGAAACGGUAUCAGGAUACGUAUACCCGGCUGAAAACCAAGUAUGGACGUCUGUUAGCAGAGCAAUGGGUCGAGGUCACGGAUCCCGGUAAGCAUGUCUUUGAGGACAUCGGGAUUGCGGCGUUCUUGGUGGAACUGUGGAGGAACAUGCAUUGUCCUCCUCGUUCGCAGGAGGGUAAUGAUGACAGCGACGAAGUGGAUAGGCAUGAAGAGGCUGAUCAGGAGGGUGUAAAGCCGCAGUUUCCCGGUUUCGUCGAUAUAGGCUGUGGCAACGGCCUCUUAACCUUCAUCCUCCUAUCCGAAGGCUACAAAGGCUGGGGCUUCGAUGCUCGAGAGCGGAAAACAUGGUCGAUCUUUCCCAAGGCCAUUCAAGAGCAUCUGAAGCAGCAACUUCUUGUCCCGCGACUAUUGCUCGACCACCACGCGAACAACAGCAAUGGCAAUAGCACCAACCCAAACUCAUCAGCCAUCGAUAUCACAUCAAGCUGGCACGACGGUACAUUCCCACCAGAAACCUUCAUCAUCUCAAACCACGCCGACGAGCUAACAGCCUGGACACCACUCCUCGCCUACCUGAACAAGUCCUCCUUCAUAGCAAUACCAUGCUGCAGCCACGACCUCUCCGGAGCAAGAUUCCGAGCACCAUCAUCGACCAAGUCUCUUGCCAAGGAGAAGAACAUCUCGACGACCCCAGCAGUGCAAGGGGAAGCCUUACCAGACACACGACUACCACAACAGCAGCAGAAACUACAGAAUGAACAUAGCCGUGUCGAUACUGCUCUACCCACGAAAUCAGGAACAGCGGAAACCGGCUCCCUAUCCCGCACACCAGCCCAGAAGAAAAUGCCCUCAGCUUAUUCAAGCCUUUGCUCUUACGUGGGUAGUCUGGCAGAGGAGACGGGAUUCCGGCCUCAGACGGAGGUGCUAAGAAUACCUAGUACGCGAAAUCUAUGUAUUGUUGGUCGAUAUUAUCGUGCACCAGAGGCAAGAGGUCACGACAGAGGAAACAGGACUGGGUUUUUGAAUGAGGAGGGCGAGGGUGAGGGUGAUCAUGAUGUGAACAGGCGAAAGGUAGUGGUCAAGGAUCUCGUGGAGAGGGAACUGAGCAGGAGUCUGAACACCGUGAGCGAGGACUGGAUCCGGCGAGCUGAAGGGUUAGCGAAGAAACCAGGGAGUGGCCACUAA